GCUCAUGUGGGCGAAGGAAGCUAAACCGAUGAAGAGGAGCUAGUUGGCAUUACUUGAUAAAAUCUUGAUUUUAUCAAAUGGGUGUCACCGCUUAUCACUUAAUAAAAUAUCUCAGUGAUUAGAAAACAUUUUGCUGUCUGAACUACGUGUACAGCUCGGACGAACUGUUGUUGUCAAGCAGGAAUCAUCUAAAAAAUAAGUGGAGACAUCCAGUGAAUGAGAGACUACAAGAGGGAGGCGAUGAUGGUGUCUGAUCUGCCAGUGCACUAAGUUCUCCGAGAGAAGACAUCUGAUGAAAAAUUACUGCAACAUUACAGGCGGCAUGGAAGACAAGGCAAAUGGCUCUGUUGACAACAAAAGCCCAGUGGAGAAUGGUCAGAUGCCGGACCCUGCCAACUGGGGAGUCGCAGAUGUCGUUAAUUACUUUAAAGCAACAGGGUUCGAGGAGCAAGCCACAGCUUUCCAGGAUCAGGAAAUCGAUGGCAAGUCCCUGCUCCUGAUGACGCGCAAUGAUGUCCUGACGGGGCUGUCAAUAAAGCUCGGCCCCGCGCUGAAGAUCUAUGAGUAUCACGUGAAGCCGCUGCAGACUCAACACCUGAAGAGCAACGCAUCGUAGCACCGCAAACCGUCCCAACACCCACCUCAGUGACAAUCAUCGUGUCAGGAGACCCCAGGUUAGCUGCCGCUUCACAAAGACUCCUCUUGCCACAGUGGCACCUUAACAGGAUUUUGAAUGCUGUAUGUUUUUAUAAGCGUGGACCCCAAAAAUGGGUUGCACAUGGAGUCCACCCAGCUGUUUACCCUUUCAGCCAUUCUUAUUUCUGCUGCUUGAGAUAUGUAUUUUAUGUUUUUUUGACUGUGUGUGUGUUUUUUAUUUAAAAAGAAGGAUUUUUUUUUUUUUUUUUGGGGGGGGGGGUUAUUCUGCAGGUAUGAUUUUUGUGUGUGAGUGCGUGUAUGUACAUGUGUUUGUGCGUGUGUGCAAAGUGAAUUAACAUGUUGGUUUAAAAAAAGAAAAAGAAAAGUAUUUGUAUAUAAGAUGAUAUAUAGUUGAAAACUGUGUCUGUUCUGUUGUACCUGAACACUUUGAUACAUGCAGAAAUUUAUUCUAAUGCAUCCCAUUUUGCCCUUAAAUCAUUUUUUUUAUUCUCUAAACUGCGCAGCUGAGUCCAUGAGUCGUCCUUAGCAUGUAACAAUGAAGCAUUUUGUUUUCCCAGACACAAGGAGCCAACCGAAAGCCUCUUUGUUCCUGCACACCCACAUUAAAGCCAGACUGGAGGCUCUAAUAUAAAAAUAUUUAUGUGUACAUAUUCUUACUAUGUUCCUACCUGUGGUGCUUUCAGCAUUGUCACACAGACAACUGUGUUAAAGUGUGUAUGACCAAUGUAUAUGUGCAACAUAACACUGGAGUUUGAAUAUCUGAAUCAAAGAUUUGCAAUAAAUGGUGCUUUUUUUCUCACCAAAGAACAA